AUGAAAUGUACUAUCAACAAUAACAACAAAUAUAAUGCUAGAAAAAGGGUUAUUGAAGCUAAAAUCACUGUUCGAAUGAGAAAUUUUUCCUUGACAUCAUUUCUAUCGUUGAUAAUUCUUCGUAGUGUUAAUAUCUUUCUUAUGAAAAAAGAUAAAAUUGAAAUGAAGAAGAUAAAAGUUGCUGAUACAAAUUAUCUUGCUAUUCCAUAUAACAUUUGCAAUGGAGAAGAUGAGUGUUAUGAUAAUCAUUAG